GGGAUUUUCUUCGCCCACCUCACUCUCACAGUAUGGAGUCCCAUGUGCGGAUGUCUUGACAACAGUUUCGUGCUCUACAACACCGUCUUCCUCAUCACCAUCAUAUGGAGUCUACACCAACAUGAAUCCGAGGAAGCCCCUUUCAUAGCCUUUUGUGUUGACAUCCUUGCCAUCGUGUUUGACAUUGUCAAUUUGUCAUUAAAUUGGCCUGUUCUCCAGGUUGGAGGGGCCAUGGAAUUCGGAGCAGCCAUGGCCAUCAUGAACCUCCUGCUGCGGCCUCUGUCAAGCUACCUCCUCUUCCGCAUAGUCCAGGACCGAGCAGGCCCAGACGGCUCCAUCGGACUGCCCUCGGGUUUCGACAGUCUCUUUGGUCUUCGCCGCAGCCCUUACGAAGACAUCGACCAGACGCUUUCAGGAACCGACCCCGAGAACACCGCCGCUUCAGAGCCUCCGCCAGCAAAGGUCGUCGCCACCUAGGCCUACCUGGUGCUCCUCCAGCCUGAAGCUCCAGCCUUUAAGCUUCUUGUUGGCGAGUGGACAUUAUUUUCAGCUUCUUCUGUGACCGUGGACGACGAAAGAGAAUAUUUUAGAUUCUUUAUAUUUCGCAGAUUUUGUUUGUUUGUUUUAUAUGUAAUUAAGAUGUUUAUCUGAUUUGUGGAGUGGAGAAUGGAAAUGUCUUUGUAAUUUUGAUGAUUAUACAUAUUUUAACACACACGCAGAUAGAUAUUGAGCUUUUGA